CUGUGGCCGUCGGGGCGGGAGCCGGCUGCGGCUUGUGGCGCCAUGCGGCUGGGCUCGGGCUCCUUCGCUGCCUGCUGCGUGGUGGUCGAGGUGCUGGGGCUCGCCGUCUUCCUUCGGGGCUUCUUCCCGGCUCCGGUUCGUUCCACGUCCAGCUCAGAGCACCGAGCAGAGGCCCCGGUGCCCGAGCCUGCGGCGGGAGCCAGUUCCAACUGGACCAAACUCCCACCACCUCUCUUCAGUAAAGUUGUUAUUGUGCUGAUAGAUGCCUUGAGGGAUGAUUUUGUGUUUGGAUCGAAGGGUGUGAAAUUUAUGCCCUACACAAGUUAUCUUGUGGAAAAAGGAGCAGCUCACAGUUUUGUGGCUGAAGCAAAGCCACCAACAGUUACUAUGCCUCGAAUUAAGGCACUGAUGACAGGGAGCCUCCCUGGCUUUGUGGAUGUUGUCAGGAACCUCAACUCACCUGCCCUCCUGGAAGACAGCGUGCUCAGACAAGCAAAAGCAGCUGGGAAAAGAAUCAUCUUUUAUGGAGAUGAAACAUGGGUGAAAUUAUUUCCAAAGCAUUUUGUGGAGUAUGAUGGAACAACUUCAUUUUUUGUGUCAGAUUACACAGAGGUGGAUAAUAAUGUCACCAGGCAUUUGGAUAAAGUGCUGAAGAGGGGGGACUGGGAUGUGCUGAUCCUUCACUACCUUGGACUGGACCACAUCGGCCACGUGUUUGGACCCAGCAGCCCCCUGAUCGGACACAAGCUCAGUGAGAUGGACGGCAUCCUGACGAGGAUCCAUACCUCCUUGCUGUCAGAGGAGAGAAAGGCUCUUUCACCCAGUUUGCUGGUUCUUUGUGGAGAUCAUGGCAUGUCUGAGACGGGAAGCCAUGGGGCCUCUUCCCUGGAAGAAGUAAAUACUCCUCUGAUCUUAAUCAGCUCUUCAUUUGAAAGGAAACCUGGUGAUAUCAGACAACCAAAACAUGUUCAGCAGACUGACUUGGCUGUAACACUAGCAGUAGGACUUGGUCUGCCAAUUCCAAAAAACAGUGUUGGCAGUCUUUUAUUCCCAGUGAUAGAAGGAAAGCCAAUGAGAGAACAACUGAGGUUUUUACAUUUAAAUUCAGUCCAGCUUAGCAAAUUGUUGCAGGAGAGCGUGCCAUCAUAUGAAAAAGAGCCUGGAUUUGAGCAGUUUAAAGUAUCAGAAAGGCUGCAUAGAAACUGGAUCAAACUGUAUCUGGAGGAAAACAGCUCGGCAGCCCUCCUCAAUCUGGGCGUCAAGCUUCGCCGGCAGUACCUGGACGCCAUAAGGACCCUGAGCCUGUCCCUGAGCAGGCAGGUGGCCCAGUAUGACAUCUACUCUAUGGUGGUGGGCACCGUUGUGGUUUUGGAGGUCCUCGCCCUGCUUCUGCUCAGCAUCCCACAAGCACUGAGUAAUAAGGCUGAGUUGGAAGUCCCUCUACUCUCCCCCAUGUUUUCUCUGCUCUUUUAUUUGAUGUUCCUGGUGCUUUCGGCCAUUCAUGUCAUCGUGUGCACCUCAACUGAGAGUUCCUGCUAUUUCUGUAGCCUCUCCUGGCUGACGGCAGCCGGAGUGAUGGUUUUGAUAUCUGCGCUGCUCUGUGCCGUGGUGUCUGCUCUUAGCGAGAUGUUUGUGGACGGGAAGCUUCAGAGGAAGAAUACCGGUCCUUCCAACUCAAGGUGGUCAGAGUUAGAUCUUCUCAUCUUACUGGGGACCAUGGGCCACGUCCUGAGUCUGGGUGCAAGCAGCUUCAUUGAGGAGGAGCACCAGACCUGGUAUUUCCUCACCAGCACCCUGUGUCUAGCUUUGUGCCAUGAGAUCUACAGAAACUGCUUCCUGGGCAACUGCUGUGAGCCAGGACUUGGUGGUGCUGUAGUAGCUUUGCAGGAUGAGGAUGCAGGCAAAGUCCACAAAAGCCACACACCCUUGGACUCGCUUAGGGGCUCUGAGAAGUGGAUGGCCUUGGCUAGCCCAUGGGUGAUACUCACCUGCUGCCGGCUGUUGCGGUCACUCAACCAGACUGGUGUGCAGUGGGCCCACCGGCCUGAUCUUGGCCACUGGCUCACCAGCUCUGAUCACAAGGCCGCACUCUCUGCCCUGUCUGCCUUUUGCCUCGUCGUGACGUUUGUGCUGCUUCAGAGGCGCUGCUCCCGCACAUCCAGAGUGGCCAUGGCCUUGGGCCUGCUGGGCGUCUACUGCUAUAGGGCCGCCACUGGCAGCCUCCUGCUCCCCUGGCAGCGAGACAAAGCCGCCUCAAAAGGCAUCGUUGAAGCACGUUUUGUUUACAUCUUCAUCCUUGGCAUCCUGUUCACGGGUGCCCGGGACUUACUCAAGUCCCAGGUGGCUGCUGCCAACCCCAAGUGCAAGGCUGUGGGCCUGUGGGAGAUGUACAGUGGGCUGGCUCUGCUGGCCGCCCUGCUCCUUCGGCCACACAACCUCCCGGUCCUGGUGCUUAGCCUCCUGAUCCAGACCCUCAUGACCUCCUUUAUCUGGAAGCCCCUGGGGCAUGAUGCUGCCGAGGUCACUGUGAUGCACUACUGGUUUGGCCAGGCCUUCUUCUACUUCCAGGGGAACUCUAACAGCAUCUCCACGGUGGAUGUUUCCGUGGGCUUUGUGGGCCUGGACAGCUACAUGGAGAUCCCAGCUGUGCUCCUGACAGCAUUUGCAACGUAUGCAGGACCUGUGCUGUGGGCCAUCCACCUGGUGAACUUCCUGAGCUCAGAAACCUGCAGUGUGACCCAGAUGUCUGCUUAAACUGCUGAGUGAAGCGUCGUCCACACUUGCCUGGCGUGUGAGGACUGGAGAGCACCCAGAAGUGUGUGUGUGUUUGGGGGGCCUUGAUGUCCAGACCCCUCUGACCUCAGCUACAGGGUUCCCAGGAACUGUGGCUGAUACACUUGUCUCAUUUAUGACCAUGACACUGAAGCUAAGACACAUCAGAACAAUGUAUCCAUUUAGAAAUAAAGAUAUAGUCCCACUCACAUAUAUGACUUAUCUGUAGGAAAAUUUGUUAUUUCCCAAAUAAAAAGUAUUUAGCAAGAGGAAUGUCAGUGUUUGACAUGUUUGUAGAUCUCUUUAAUUUUCACCUAAUUGCAGGCAGACGGGUUUAGGUUCAGUCGAUGUGAUAGGUGCUUUUUAAAAAAAUUUUUUAAAAUAUUUAUUCCCUUUUGUUGUCCUUAUUGUUUUAUUGUUGUAGUUAUUAUUGAUGUCAUUGUUGGAUAGGAUAGAGAGAAAUGGAGAGAGAUGGGGAAGUUGGGGGGGGGGAGAAAGACACCUGCAGAAUUGCUUCACCACCUGUGAAGCAAUCCCCCUGCAGGUGGGGAGCCGGGGCCCGAACCAGGAUCCUUACGCCGGUCCUUGCGCUUUGUGCAUGAUAGGUGCUUGUGUUUGAAGUGGUCACACAGGUGUAGUUGGGAAAGGGAGCAGCAUUUUAGCAUUCUUUUUCUGAUCGCUGUGAAUGAAUGUUCCUCUUUGGUACUGCACUAAAACUCAACAUCUGAUAGUUUCCUGAAGGUUUCUUGGAGAAAGAGAUGAAAUGAGUACAUGUUGAGAUUCCCAAGUUGGAGCGCUAGAGGCGGUGCAGUGGAUAAAACAUUGGACUCUCAAGCGUGAGGUCUCAGGUGUGACCCCUGGCAUCACAUGUGCCAGCGUGACACUCUAGUUCUCUCUCCUCCCUCCCAUAACACAAGCAAACCUCCAGAGGUAAGACAAGACUGAACUGGUGUUUUCCUGAUUUGAUAAUGCUAUGGCUAUGUUAGAUGUUUUCACUGGGGGAAAUAUGUCCCUGGGACUCUGCAAUAUUUUUUCAACUUCUUGUGAGACUGAAACAUUUUCAAAAUAAAUAUUUUUUUAAAGAAAA